AAUUUCCGACCCGCGUGGCGCGUGAAAGGAAAAAAAUUUGCAUGAAGUGCACAUGCAUCGCAAAACACGGAAAAGUAAGAAAAGAGCGAGAAAAUAAUAAUCUUGACGAAAAAAAAAUAGGAGAAAAUAGCGCGUGAACGGGAACGAGUGGAAUGUUUUUCGCAAGGACCGCAACGAGUACUUUUUAUGCACCACGAACAACUCGUUCUCGUCAAGGCUUUCGGAGGAAAGCUAUUCGCUUUUCCAUGGGGUGAAAAGGUUGGGAAAAGUUUUUUUCAGCUUUCCAAUGACGCGGAGAAAGAAUCAAACCGGAAGCCCCGUGGCUUCGCGACGAUUCCGACGAUUCAUUUUCCUGGCGAAAUCGAUCCGUGA